CUGAGCCAAAAUUAUUUCUCUUACUAGCUUUGUCGCAACCGAGUGUGUUAGUGGCUGCGAAAGUCGAUUAAAUUGAUUUCUCGUUUGAAAGUCAACAUGAGUGCGGCCAUGCUUUGUGAAUCCAUCUGGGUCGACAGGCCUAAAUAUGAGGAGGCAGAAGCACAUUAUCAAAGAUUUCUCGCCGGAACUGUCGGCGGAUCACAUGGCACAGAGAAAAAGGGUUCAAGCUUUUCUCCAGUCCAAGAGAUAGCAAAUGCCCGUAAAAAAAUCCAACAGACUCUAAACACGGCUCUAACUUCCACAACGGCUUCUGCUGGAGGAAAUAAUCGUAUUGCUCAAUUAGAGGAAGAAAACCGCGAACUUAAGAAAGGUAUUAUUGUCAUUAUUAUUCAAACAUUGCAAGAGGAGAUGAAAGUUUUUAUGGCAGGUCCUCCCCCCUCCCCCAGCAAUUUCUGUACCCAUCUAUACUUUUCUACAGUCAGUGAGGAAUUAAAGACUGCCCUUCAGAAGCUCACACUACGAGUUGAUCAACUUGAAAAAGGAAAUAAACCACAAGGAUCAAGUCAACCAUCAAAACCUCAGAUGAAGGAGGAAUCUAAGGAAGAUGAAGAUGAUGAGGACUUUGACUUGUUUGGCUCAGAUGAUGAUGAAGAUGAAGAGGAAGAUGAGGUCACAAAAGAAAGACUGGCACAAUAUGCAGCUAAGAAAGCAAAAAAACCAGCACUAAUAGCAAAAUCAAAUAUCAUAUUGGAUAUAAAACCGUGGGAUGAUGAAACAGAUAUUGCUGCCAUGGAAAAGGCUGUUCGUUCAAUUGAAUGUGAUGGAUUGGAGUGGCAAGCAAGUAAGAUUAUGCCUGUAGCAUAUGGCAUCAAAAAACUUCAGAUCUCUUGUAAGGUUGAAGAUGAGAAAUGUGGCACAGAUUUCCUUGAGGAAAAAAUCACAGAGAUUGAAGAUUUAGUUCAAAGUGUGGAUGUCGUGGCUUUCAACAAGCUCUGAACUACUGAAUUGUGCCUGUGAAUUUGCGCAGCAAUCGAAUAAACUUCAUUUAAAUUCAA